GAGUGGCAAACCCUGCGCCAGGCCGGCAGGAGGAGGACCAUGGCCCUGAGCAAUGCCAAUGGUGACCUCCUGCUCCUCAGCAAUGGCAGCCUGCCACCCAGCGUCACUACGAUGGCCACUGCCACCAGCGGCCCAGAGGCCAGUGCGAGCCUCAGCAGCACGGGAAGAGGGGACGUCACCGUUGUUUCCACACCCAGAACACAGCAGAGGCAGAGGCACCAACCAAGGCCAACACCACCGCACAAGGAGCCCCAGCAGAGAUCCAGAGUGAGUCAGAAUGGAGGCAACAUCAAGCAGAACGGUUCCCUAAGGGCCCCUUCCUCUUCCUCCUCCUCCUCCUCCUCCUCACACCUCACAGACUCUCAAAGGUUGUCCAAGCUCCUGCCCUCCACCCUCUCCACAACCUCUUCCCCCUCUCCUCCUCCACUGUCUCCACCUCCCCCGUGCUGCCACCGCUGCCCAUUCCACCCCCCCCUGUGCUGCCAUGGCAACCAGCAGGAGUGCCACAUCUUCCAGACCCCUGCCCUGCCCCUUCACCCGGGCUCCUGCUGCCUGCAGGCCUCUCCUCCAUCCCUCUGUUUACACCAUGGCUGGCAGGAGCACCUCCAGAACCAGCCCAAUGUGGCUGGCCUCAGGUACGUGUGUGAUGACUGUGUGUUUGUGUGUAUGCGCCUGUUCAUGCUUCUCUUUGCCACGGGGUGGCCUCAGGCAUAUCUCUAUUACCCUGCCUCUCCAACAGAAGCCCUUUCAUUGCGUUUCCCUGCUGAAUGGGUGAUGACUGAAUGCUUCCUAACAUAUCACAGUAUUUAGGGAUAAUGUUAGGGGUGCUAUGUACUACCAUUAUGUACAUGGCUGUUUAAGAAUAUGUACAUGCAUGUAACUGUAGCCUUGACUCUUUCCCCAGUUAUGCCUCAGAGGAAUGCGUUUUGAGUCAACUGUUUAUGUAGACCAGGUUUUAAGUUCUGACCCUGUAUUGAGAAAUCGAUACAUAGUGUGAUUAUUUUCUCCUAACACAUAUCUAAAUUCAGCUCUAUAAUCUUUCUGCCUGCCUGUUGACCCAUUCCUGAUUGUUCUGCUGUGUGGAGGUCAAGGUGAUUUCCUAGGGAGAUAACCUGUGGUCCCAGGGGUGCCAACCCAGCAGAUGCAGGGAGGAGGAGGGGUCAGCCAGCCAGACACCCAGGGACCACAAUACCAGCCCCAGAGCCACCCCGUUUGCCCUCCCUGCACCCCCCAACCCCAAUGAAAGAGAGCUUUGAGAGCCCCAGGGGCUGCAGGGCCGCUGUCCCUCCUCAGGCCCCAGCCCGUCCCGUCAAACCACAGGGACUGUCCCCCUGGCCUCUCCUGAGCCUCCCCUCGCUCAUCGGCACUGAGGCUCUUCUAGGACAGGUGCUGAUGGUUUCAUGGUCUGGCUAUCCUCUUUCCCAGGCAAACACAAUACAGACAGUACCAACACACAGCUCAGCCAGACUAGAUCAUCUCUGAAAGUAUGUCUGGCCGGGGUCAGAGGUUUCCUUCGUGCGGCAUCUCCCUGUUGUCAUGACUCAAAUAACUUUGCGUAAUUUAACCCCUGUAACUGCCAUUUCCUGCAAUCUAGAACAAAAAAAUACCCAUUAGGGUGUGGUGCCUGGCCUUAAAUUAUAACAAAUAAAGUAAAAAAAAAAAAAAUAUAUAUAUAUAUAUAUAUAUAUAUAUAUGUACACAUGCAUACACAGUGCUGCAAGAAAAUCUAAAAACCAGUUUUUUCUUUGUCAUUAUGGGGUAUUGUGUGUAGAUUGAUUAGGGGGGAAAAAACGAUUUAAUCAAUUUGAGAUAAAGGCUGUAACGUAACAAGAUGUGGAAAAAGUCAAGGGGUCUGAAUACUUUCCGAAUGCACUGUACGUACGUACGUACGUACGUACAUACAUACAUAGAUACAAACAAAAGUAUGUGGACACCCCUUCAAAUGAGUGUGUUCGGCUAUUUCAGCCACACCCGUUGCUGACAGGUGUAUAAAAUCGAGCACACAGCCUGCAAGCUUCAUAGACAAACAUUGGCAGUAGAAUGGCCUUACUGAACAGCUCAGUGACUUUCAACGUGGCACCGUCAUAGGAUGCCACCUUUCCAACAAGUCAGUUUGUUUAAUUUCUGCCUUGCUAGAGCUGCCCGGUCAACUGUAAGUGCUGUUAUUGUGAAGUGGAAACGUCUACGCGCAACAAGGGCUCAGCCGCAAAGUGGUAGGCCACACAAGCUCACAGAACGGGACCGCCGUGUGAAGAAGCGCGUAGUGCGUAAAAAUCGUCUGUCCUCACUACCAAGUUCCAAACUGCCUCUGGAAGCAACGUCAGCACAAUAACUGUUCGUCGGGAGCUUAAUGAAAUAGGUUUCCAUGGCCGAGCAGCCACACACAAGCCUAAGAUCAUCAUGCGCAAUGCCAAGCGUUGGCUGUAGUGGUGUAAAGCUCGCCGCCAUUGGACUCCAGAGCAGUGGAAACGCAUUCUCUGGAGUGAUGAAUCACGUUUCACCAUCUGACAGUCCGACGGACCAACCUGGGUUUGGCAGAUGCCAGGAGAACUCUAUCUGCCCAAAUGUUUAGUGCCAACUGUAAAGUUUGGUGGAAGAGUAAUAAUGGUCUGGGGCUGUUUUUCAUGGUUCGGACUACAGUGUACAAUGACAUUCUAGACGAUUCCAUUUAAUGCUUUCCUUAGUCAUUUACGUACUUUGUGUAGUUCUAUAUUUAUCUCCAACUCCACAGCAUACAAAAUAAAAGAUAAAUAUUGCAGAUGUCAUUAUUUACUCACGUCAGCCCUUCUUUAGAAUUCAUUCUAGACGAUUCUGUGCUUCCAACUUUGUGGAAACAGUUUGGGGAAGGCCCUUUCCUGUUUCAGCAUGACAAUGCCCCCGUGCACAAAGCGAGGUCCAUACAGAAAUGGUUUGUCGAGAUCGGUGUGGAAGAACUUGACUGGCCUGCACAUAGCCUGACCUCAACCCCAUCGAACACCUUUGGGAUGAAUUGGAAUGCCGACUGCGAGCUAGGCCUAAUCGUCCAACAUCCGUGCUCGACCUCACUAAUGCUCUUAUGGCAGAAUAGAAGUUCCAACAGCAAUGUUCCAACAUCUAGUGGAAAGCCUUCCCAGAAAAGUGGAGACUGUUAUAGCAGCAAAAGGGGGACCAACUCCAUAUUAAUGGCCAUGAAUUUGGAAUGAGAUGUUCGACUAGCAGGUAUCCACAUACUUUUGGUAAUCUAUCUAUCUAUCGAUCGAUUGAACUGGAAGCAUAGAAAUGACGCAUAUAGAACAGAUCUACCGCUUCUUAGACUUGCUUUCAAUGAGAAUGACAGAUCUAUAACUCACAUUUCUAUGUGAAUUUGGUAUGGUGGCCCAAAAAAGUGACAAUUGCAGCUUUAAUUGUACAUAGUGGCGCAGCCAGUCCACAAGGUGGUGCAGCGCCACUCUUACAUUCUUAGGGGAGAACCUUGUCACAUUUGUUGGCAAAUAUUAUUUUAAGCGAGAAGCAUUUAGCAAGUCGUUUUCCCCACCUUCCUGCAAACCACAGACUGAACUAUAUUUCAUACUAGAACCAUUUAAUGCUAUCCUUAAUCAUUUACGUACUUUGUGUAGUUCUAUAUUUAUCUCCACAGCAUACAAAAUAAAAGGUAAAUAUUGCAGAUGUCAUUAUUUACUCAUGUCAGCUCUUAUUUAUGGUAGCAAGUAGUUGCAGAGAGGUUAAUUUGUGUAAGACUAUAUUUUUGCUUACAUCUUUUCGCAUGGAAAUUUCCUACCGAAUUGAGUUAGAUCCCUGUAACUUAAUUAAAGAGAGUUGCUCUGUGGCUGUGAGAGAUUAGGUAUAUACUCGUAUCGGGUGCCGGGGUGCCCACAGCAAACUCCAUCCACGCACAUUAUGCAGUUGGGUGGGCAAGGUGUGUCAAAGGAUAUCAUUGCAGCCAUUUGGAUGCAUUCACUGGCAUCUGUGGCUUUCGUUUAUUUAUUUAUUUUUUAAUGUCUGAAUAAAGAGCUGAUGUUCCUCAGCCACUGUAUUUAGUAAACAGGUCCCUCUUGUUCUGUGAUGACAGGUUUGAAUUACAGGCUGACGUUGAGUUGCUCUCAGUUCCGAUCCCCUGUACAGUGGUAUUGUGUCUCCAGAGAGAUUGGAGAUAGAAGGAUAAGCCUGGCUGUCUGGUACACAGUCUCCAAGUCCCUGGCUGGCCCCAGACGUUCAGGGCUUUGAGCCUCUCCUUUUACCUACGUGUUGGAGCACAGUGCGCCAAAGAAUCCCUCCUCGCAUGGAGGGAGAGGCUUUUUAAUGCCUCUAAUUUGAGGGUACGCCGUCAGACAAGAUUGUGUCAAAUAUCAAUUUGAUCUCAAAGGCUGUGAUCCGUGAGAUUAGGCAGGGGAUUACGUGUAUGAUUACAGCACUUGGCCGUUACGCCCUGCUUUAUAGAGACCCCCUCUUCCCCCUCCCGAUAAGGUUGCACUGGAGUUCCUUCCUCAGGCAUUUCAGGCCUUUGUGUGUGUCCAAGAACUUAACAUUUAGGAACUACAGUAUAUAACUCCUGUUGAGAUACAUACAAAGUAUUAAUCCACCCAUUGUAAGAUUAUAGUCUCUCUCUGUGUGUGUGUGUGUUUUACUCUGAGAAGGAAAUGGACUUAUCCUUGAAUGUAAUGACCAACAUCCACUAUAAUGGAAAAGGCCAGCUCAGCAGAUCUAUUGAGUAGAGGAAGGAUCUAUCUGUCUGGGUCUGUGAAAUCCAUUAAGAUUGUCAGUGUUUGAAUGGUAGGAUUAUCCUUCAUGGUGACUUAGUAUUUUUAUGAUUUGAGGAUCAGGGGGAAACAGUCAGAGCAGAGGAUGAGUCUGAGUCUGUGAACUUGAAGUCAGUCAGUCAGGCGUUUGACUGCAGUUAGCCUCAUCUCAAUAGGUUUUCAGGCGUUGGUUUCUUCCAAGCCUGUAAUUGUCUUGAUAGAACACUCUCAAGGCACCUUUUUUAGCUCCUGCUGCACUCCCAGAGAGAGAGCGAGAGAGCUGCAUCUACCUGUGCUGCCGAGACUGGCCUGACCUUCCAAGGCUGAACAAUCCCCAAAGAGCCCGCUGACACUGAACUAUCCAGGAUCAUGUCAUGAUUGUAACCUCUCCCUUCACACUCCACUCACCCAGGGAGGAGUUUUGCCCAUGCGUUGCUUCCUGCUACAUUCCUGUUAUUGUAGCGGCCACAAGUUUGGAUUGGUUUCAUGCUUUCUCAGAUAGCAGGUAUAUUUUUAUAAUCUCAUGCGUGUUUGAUUUUAUACCAAGUACCAUUUUUUGACUGGAGGCAGGUGGUUUCCAUGGUGUGCAGGAAAACGUAUAAAAACAUGACACCUCAUUCGGCCGGAAUGUUUCAUCAUAUUGGAUGAAUUUAAGAAUUCCUAUCAGUUGAAUACGCGAUUAUGACUAGGGGCCGUAUACGGAAACAUAUGCACAAAAGCCUUAAUAUGAAUGCAUAGACCCUCUCGUUUCUGAGAACUCCCUUAGGUUUCCCUUAAAUGUUUUAUAUUUUAUCACGCCUCAGAUAUCUUUCCCCCAGUGAGAGAUCUCUUUUGGAGACAUUAACUAAUAUACCAAGCUGUCUGACAGCUGCAAGCCCAGACUGGCCAGGCGGCCUGAAAAUGAUCUUUGUGCUAUGGAUUUCAGGGUGUCAGUUUGACAAGGCUUUGCACAUUAUCAAGAAUAACAACUGUUUGCUAUGCCUGCUGCGGUCUGAGGGGGCCUGGAGUCCUGGACCUCGAUGUGAACCCUUGUGAAUUAGCGGCAGGGCUCUUCACGCUACCGUUUUAUCCAUUUGGCCCAUUAACCACUAUACAGAGACAUCCAUCACGCCCAGCCUCAGCCCUGACUGAUGAAGAAACACCCUGGUGUCUCUGGGGAGAUCAGGGGAAAGGAGAGAUGAGUACCUCCUGCCCUAGAAAGACACAAAAUAUGAGGGAAGGAGGGAGGGAACCACCCAGUUUGCUUCCAGAGCCUUCUGUUGGCUUCUUAGAACAGGUCUGCAUCUAUGUGGAGUGAUUUAAGCACAGGCAGUAGCCUAGUACACCACAGCACACCCUCCAUCCAGUACAGCUGACUCCCGUACCUGCACGGAUGGAUAAUAACAGAGGGGUGAGCUCCCAGUGCCCCUGCUCCAGACCGCGCUCCAGUCCAUGCUCUAUACUGUAUGGCCCCUGAGCAUGAGACAAAGCAAAGCCCAUAAAGGUACCCACCCAAGCUCAAACAGCCAUACUAUCCUAUAAACCAUGAUCAAAGCUGGAUCUGAACAGCACUCUGUCAUAACUUCAAAUUAGCUUGCUCUCUUUUUUCUUUCUUCUUCUGGGGAGCAGUUAGUGAGGCUUCACACUUACACUCUGCUCCUUGGGGGAUUAGGCCUAAUGGAAGAUUUGAUGAGAUGUGUAAUGCUUUAUAAAUAGUUACUAGCAUGUAAUAUGAUCCCUUAUAAUGCCCUUUUAACAGCCUGUCCAAAUGGUAUAUAAGUUGAAGGCACAAUCGCUCAAUCAUGUACGUACAACAUUGCAUGGUAUAUUUAGUUUAUAAUGGACCUUCAUCUAGAUGGUUCCAAUAGGUACACUGUGCUACAGUGACUCCCCUAUAUUUGUUCUCAUAGUAGUUCAAAACCAGUCUUGAGAAUACACUGUAUUAUUCUUAAUGGAUUUCAAUUAAUAUUCACACAUUUACAUAACAAUGCAUGCAGCUUGGUGUACUAACGUCAUUCUGAUAUACUGUAGAUGUGAGGGUUCUUAUGAAUCACUUAGUUUCUCCAGCCUCUACGCACUUGGUGAACUUAGCUAAUGGUUGGAAUUUUCCAGCUCGGCCGCCCCCCCCCCAUCCUCACACUCACUCUCUCAGCUCAGGGAGGACAGGUCAGACUUCAUUACUGGCCUCUAACUGACGCUAGCCCCAACAGCCGCUGGCCCUGGUCUGCUACUCACCAGACAGCUGUGUCACCAGACACCUCCAAGAUGUUACAGCGCCGUCUUGCCAAACCCUCUUUGUCAAGAGCUGCGGUUAGAGCUGGAGAGCCUUCAGACACUGUGGCCCUAGAUGGGCAUUGAACAUAGAUAGAAUAGUAUAAAGAGGAGGUGGGAGGGAUGAAAAUGUAUCUCUUUACUCCAAAGAUACCCUGAUAUCUCUGUGAGAUCAGUCCCAGGACAACAAACAGGGGCAUGCUGGAUCAAAGAGACCCAGGCAGGAGCUAGAGGCACUGCUGUGCUUGACACUGGAUAUUGUAGGUAAACAAAGAGGAAUAUGUGAUGCUGGGCUUUUUACAUGAGUUUACCUUUCUGUCUAGACAUGUAUGCACCUUAUCACAUAAGUCUUAAUGGAGGGCGUACCUUGAAAUUGGGCCAAAUUAUGAGGGGUAGGUUUACUCUCAAAAUGGCCUCGACUACAGGCAGGGAACUCUAGCCUGGUUACCAUUAUGUUUAACUGCUCUAGCCAGCAUGACAACUGCAACAGAGUUGGCUAAAGCAGCAACAGUGUGUCAACUAGGGGUGGGCAGCUCAUGUCAAUCAUGCGAAACUUCCAGAUCUCCUUACCAGGCAGCUUCCAGGACUUAAUAAGUUGUUGGACAUCUUCAUAAAGGCACUGGGAGAGGAGUUGAUGGGUCAGCACAGCUGCUUGCCGUUGGUUCCGCUCCUUGACUUUGUGCAGUAGAGGAAUCCUGGUCAUGUAAGCAGCAAAUGGUAACACAGCCUCCCUUCUUGCAGAAGCCCGGUCCUCAAGGUCUGAAUGCGGAUGUUGGAUGUGAUGUGUUGGGGCUGGUUUGGGCUGGCAGCUGAAAGCCAUUGGUUCCACUGCUGGAGGUCUCAUGGAGCUUCUUGUACUGAAUGUGUUCAGCAAUAGAGACUUUGACCUGUUGUUCUGCUACAGGAAUAGGCCAACAUGCAACACACUCAUCUAGUACUGCCUCCGUUAAAUCUGUGUCAAGACUGACAUGAAGUCCAUCAUCAUGACUAUGAAAUUAAAAGUUUUGGUAUUGUUGGUAUAUUGUAGGAAUUAUUGCUAAAACCGGUUAAACUGCUCAUCAUGGAUCUAGCCUAUUGAGCAAAUAACUUAUGAACACCAAAAGCGACUAUGUUAAUAAUUCAUGACACAUUGACAUACUUAUUGGCAUAAUGACUUAUCGGUAUCGUUAAUUCGCCCUGCUCGGCCUAGCUGACAAGGUCUGUUGGUUAGCUCAGUGCAGGGUUGGUGAUGGCAUGUGCAAUACCCAUACAUUCCUUGGGGUUGGUUCUGAAGCCCCUGGACUCAGGGGGUUAAGCUGGUUGCUAUAAAGGGAGCGAGGUCACAGGAUAAUAAAGACAUCUCUUGGACAGCUUGUAACUAUUGGCUACAGUGUUGAAAUCUGGCCUGUAAGCCUGGAAUUUGUAUACGCCCAUAUUUCAAUCCCAAGAAUGUGGAGAUGGCAGGUGUGACCUCCAGACCGGAUGCACUGGUGGAUGUAGCUGUCCAUGUCCCUUCUACACACACACACAAACAAAGAAACUGCGCGUAGACUCAUUAUACAGCAAUAAUCUCUUAUUCAGACUCACAUUUUCUCAUAUACAGUGAGGGAAAAAGGUAUUUGAUCCCCUGCUGAUUUCGUACGUUUGCCCACUGACGAAGACAUGAUCAGUCUAUAAUUUUAAUGGUAGGUUUAUUUGAACAGUGAGAGACAGAUUAACAACAAAAAAAUCCAGAAAAACGCAUGUCAAAAAUGUUAUGAAUUGAUUUGCAUUUUAAUUAGGGAAAUAAGUAUUUGACCCCUCUGCAAAACAUGACUUAGUACUUGGUGGAAAAACCCUGGUUGGCAAUCACAGAGGUCAGACGUUUCUUGUAGUUGGCCACCAGGUUUGCACACAUCUCAGGAGGGAUUUUGUUCCACUCCUCUUUGCAUAUCUUCUCCAAGUCAUUAAGGUUUCGAGGCUGACGUUUGGCAACUCGAACCUUCAGCUCCCUACACAGAUUUUCUAUGUGAUUAAGGUCUGGAGACAGGCUAGGCCACUCCAGGACCUUAAUGUGCUUCUUCUUGAGCCACUCCUUUGUUGCCUUGGCUGUGUGUUUUGGGUCAUUGUCAUGCUGGAAUACCCAUCCACGACCCAUUUUCAAUGCCCUGGCUGAGGGAAGGAGGUUCUCACCCAAGAUUUGACAGUACAUGGCCCCGUCCAUCGUCCCUUUGAUGCGGUGAAGUUGUCCUGUCCCCUUAGCAGAAAAACACCCCCAAAGCAUAAUGUUUCCACCUCCACGUUUGACGGUGGGGAUGGUGUUCUUGGGGUCAUAGGCAGCAUUCCUCCUCCUCCAAACACGGCGAGUUGAGUUGAUGCCAAAGAGCUCCAUUUUGGUCUCAUCUGACCACAACACUUUCACCCAGUUCUCCUCUGAAUCAUUCAGAUGUUCAUUGGCAAACUUCAGACGGCCCUGUAUAUGUGCUUUCUUGAGCAGGGGAACCUUGCGGGCGCUGCAGGAUUUCAGUCCUUCACGGCGUAGUGUGUUACCAAUUGUUUUCUUGGUGACUAUGGUCCCAGCUGCCUUGAGAUCAUUGACAAGAUCCUCCCGUGUAGUUCUGGGCUGAUUCCUCACCGUUCUCAUGAUCAUUGCAACUCCACGAGGUGAGAUCUUGCAUGGAGCCCCAGGCCGAGAGAGAUUGACAGGUCUUUUGUGUUUCUUCUAUUUGCGAAUAAUCGCACCAACUGUUGUCACCUUCUCACCAAGCUGCUUGGUGAUGGUUUUGUAGCCCAUUCCAGCCUUGUGUAGGUCUACAAUCUUGUCCCUGACAUCCUUGGAGAGGUCUUUGGUCUUGGCCAUGGUGGAAAGUUUGGAAUCUGAUUGAUUGAUUGCUUCUGUGGACAGGUGUCUUUUAUACAGGUAACAAGCUGAGAUUAGGAGCACUUCCUUUAAGAGUGUGCUCCUAAUCUCAGCUCGUUACCUGUAUAAAAGACACCUGGGAGCCAGAAAUCUUUCUGAUUGAGAGGGGGUCAAAUACUUAUUUCCCUCAUUAAAAUGCAAAUCAAUUUAUAAAAUGUUUGACAUGCGUUGUUCUGGAUUUUGUUGUUGUUAUUCUGUCUCUCACUGUUCAAAUAAACCUACCAUUAAAGUUAUAGACUGAUCAUAUCUUUGUCAGUGGGCAAACGUACAAAAUCAGCAGGGGAUCAAAUACUUUUUUCCCUCACUGUACACUUGCAUCCAGAGGCCUUGUUCUCUCCCCAAAAUAACUAUCAGAGACCUGUGCUGUGUAGAUAGCUUGUAAAUACAGUUUUACGAGCUUGUAAGAAGUAAUACUGUACCUCAUAAAUCUAUUUAAGGUAUACCGUGGAUGUUGAUGAGCCCUGACUUUGGUGGCUACUGCCUAAUGAUCAAUACUUUUUUUAACUCAACAUUUCACUACAGUAUGUUAUGGCUAUGAUAUCGUGCUGAUAUUUGGAUUUCACCCUCAAGCCACUCAAACAAUUCCAUAACUUGAACGAGACUAAUUGUGUGCAGUGUUCCAGUGAGUUUUAAUCACAGGAGCAAAUAAUUGAGAGUUGACAGUAAUUGGUCUGACUUGAGCACUUCAUGCAGCCCCUUAUUACAGAAAUGUAUGCCGUGUCUGUUAGCAGUUUUCCCCCCUCAGCUCUGUGACCCCUGACCCCUCUCUCUCCUCCCUUCACGUCAACAUGGCCAUUGCGGCCUGACCCGGCAGCUGCUCCCAAGUUACUUUAUUAAUUAACCCAGUGAUCCAUAAACAUUCCCCUUUCGGGUAAAUAGAAUAACAUUUAGGAAGGGUAGCUGUUGUAAGUUUGUGGAAGAAUUGUGGGGAGUUUGUUUGAAGGGGACUGGGAUCAGAGGGGAGGAAACCUGACUCUGUGGGUUGUCAUCCUGCUGGAUUUAGAGCCUGUGAUCAUCAGUCAACAGAUUUCUCCUCCCCACCCCAGCACCUCCUCCCUUCUCCUUUAGCGGGUGUUAUUUCAAGGACAUUAGUCUGCAUUUCAUCACAUUACUACUUCCAUUGACAGAUUGGAAGAAAGAAUUGAGACACAAAUGCCAACUUUUUUUAAGAGAAAAAUAUUUUAAAGUUUGCUUCAUGCUAAGAAUAUGCUGAAAUACUAUCGGAGGAUUCUGACGUCUGUCGUAAAUCCAAAGUAUAGGGCUACCUCUGUUUUAGACAUCUUCUUAUUCGUCUGAAAUGUGGUCAUGGUUCGGAAAGUUGCAAAUAGAUCCAGAACAGAUCUCGCAAAUAAAUAGGCAGCAGUGCUUUUUUUGAUGGCUCCACGAGUAAAGAUGUUUUAUAAAUCCAGUCCAACAAUUUCCAAUAACUCUCCUUCGUUCUGGGCCAUAUCUCCGUCCCGAAUUCCGCCGUUCAAAGCCCGUACAUGGAAACUAUUGGACAGCAUAGAAUAGCAAUAAAUUAGGUAGGGGGAAUUUGUUUUUCACUAGGCAUUGUUAGUAUCAGGCUCUCACAUUUUAAAACGUGAAUAACUGGCUAGUUGAAUGCAAAAAAAUUGCAAAGAGCUUCACUCCAAGUUGGUAGGGUUGAUGGGACUCACCUUGUGUCUACAAUAUGCAGAUUGUUCAAAGCCUAUGCCAUACAACAUCUGGUUGUCAUAUUAACAUGUCCAGCUAACUUUAAAGGGGAUUUACUGCUUCCCCAGAAGUUACCCUGUGGUGAAAAAUUCCUGCCAAUACCUUUUGUUCCUCUGUGCCUCACGGUGCCAUGGCAACCACUAAUUAUAGCAUUCCAUGGAUUCCCUUUUAAAGGGGAGAAGGAGGAAAAAUACAACCACCUCUUGGCACCUUGGCCAUAUUGCUCCAAUCACGCUGAAAUAUCCUGUGUGUGUGCACUGUGAUUGGCUAAUGCAGAGAAUCGUCUGAGCUCACUUCCCUGUUUGGAAUACUGAUUUCCUUGUUUACGUUUCUUGUGUAAUCUUACCUAGUCCCUGAUGUGGGCUGUGAAGCUUGUGCCAAAUUGUGACCUUGGUAGUGCAAUACUCAUGCAGGUUGCAGUGAUUAGAAUGAGGAUGAACAUGUCAAGGUUGCAGUAUAAAGCAAUGACGUAUAUCGUCCCUAGGACAUAAUGUUAGGACAGUCUGUCCACAGUUCUACAGAUUUCAUAGCCACCGGCCUGUGUGUAUGUGAUCAUGUGAGUCUGUUACUGUCAUUCGCUGUCAGUUUGACCAUUCAGAGUAUACACUGAGUGUACAAAACAUUAGGAACACCUCCCUAAUAUUGAGUGUCACUCCCUUUUGCCCUCAGAACAGCCUCAAUUCGUCGGUGCAUGGACUCUACAAGGUGUCGAAGGUGUUCCACAGUGAUGCUGGCCCAUGUUGAAUCCAAUGCUUCCCACAGUUGUGUCUAGUUGACUGGGAAACUGUUGAGUGUGAAAAACCCAGCAGCGUUGCAGUUCUUGACACUACUACCAUACCUCGUUCAAAGGCACUUACAUUUUUUGUCUUGCCCAUUCACCCUCUGAAUGGCACACAUACACAAUCCAUGACUAAAUUGUCUCAAGGCUUAAAAAUCCUUCUUAAACCUGUCUCCUCCCCUUCAGCUACACUGAUUUUGUCACGGAAUCAGCCGAGGCUGCUCCUCCUCCUUGCUCGGGCAGGCUUCGGCAUUCGUCGUCCCCGUAGUACUAGCUGCUACCGAUCUAUGUUUCUGUGUUUGACUUGUUUUGUCUUGAUUGUGUACACCUGUUUCCUAUUAUGUUGUAUUGUAUUCCCUAUUUAACACUCUGUCGUUCAUUGUGUGUUGUGUGUGUGAUUGUUCUCGUCAUUUUCGGCAGUUGCUAUUGUGCGGGUAUUCUCCUCCCUGUUUGGAGGUUGUUUUGUACUCUGGUUACUUUGUUAGUAAAAGUACGUUUCCAGUAGCUCGGUGUCCUGCGUUUGACUUCGCCUACCGCAUUCACGUCGCACUUUGACAGAUUUUAAGUGGAUUUAACAAUUGACAUCAAUACGGUAUCAUAGCUUUCACCUGGAUUCACCUGGUCAUGUUCCUAAUGUUUUGUACACUCAGUGUAUAUGGCAUGUGAAGACAUCUCCACCUAGGGCUGGGCGGUUGACUGCAUUUUACGAUAUACCAGUAUUGAUGCACAGACCGGUUUGGGUUUUUACUUUACCUUCUAUAACGGUAUUUGAAUGUUUGGUUUGUUAAAAUGUGAUACGCUGUUUGUAACGUCAAUUUUUAUAGUUUACUUCACUACUUCAGUCCUCUCUCUUAGCUCUCUCUCCAUGGCGCUUUCCACACACACCUAGCCCCGCCCCGUCACUUGUCUUGUCUUAGCAAGUUGGGGCUAAAUCUUGCUAGCCACUAAUUGUUAGCCACUAAUGCUAAUCGCUAGCUAAUAAAUGUACUGAGUCAGAGCAAACGUAAUUGGCUAAACAGCCUAAAUGAGCAUGUUGUUUGUGCAACAGCAUCUUCUAAAUCAAAGUGGAAUAUGCAAAGUAAGAACAUGUUAGCUACAUGAAGUAGCUAAGAGAACAUUAAAUGUAGCCAAAGAUUAUAGGGUCUCCUAGGAAACACUUGUCAACACUUUGCUUCCUACCGUGUCACAAUAACUCCUCCCUGGCUGUCACGCCAUGACAGAGUUCGCUAGUUGGUUUGGUCAGGGUGUGAGUAUCUAUGUAAUGUGUAUAUCUAUGUGUAGAUCUAGUAUGUUUAGAUCUAUGUUGGCCGGGUGUGGUUCCCACUCAGAGGCAGCUGUCGAUCGUUGUCUCUGAUUGGGGAUCAUACAUAGGUAGCCAUUUUGCCUAUCUAUGUUGUGGGAUCUUAACUCUUGUUUGGCUUGUUUGUGUGUAGCCAUUGUGAGCUUCACGUUACGUUACUUUUGUUGUUUUGUCGUGUGUUAACUUAGUGAAUAAACAUGUAUGCAUUCCACGCUGCACCUUGGUCCAAUCCUGUACUCAACGAACGUGACACUGGCAUUUUCAUUAAUUGUCAUGUCAAACAACACUGUAUUCAAAGUGCCCACUAUUGUACAGUGCCUUCGGAAAGUAUUUAGACCCCUUGACUUUUUCCACAUUAUGUUACGUUACAGCCUUAUUCUAAAAUUGAUUAAAUUGUUUUUUCCCCACGUAUCAAUCUACACACAAUACCCCAUAAUUUCAAAGCAAAAACAGAUUUGUAUACAUUUUUGCUAAUGUAUCAUUUUAAAAACCCGGAAAUAUCACAUUUACAUAAGUAUUCAGACACUUUACUCAGUACUUUCUUGAAGCACCUUUGGCAGCGACUAAAGCUUUGAGUCUUCUUGGGUAUAACGCUACAAGCUUGGCACACCUGUAUUUGGGGAGUUUCUCCCAUUCUUCUCUGCAGAUCCUCUCAAGCUCUGUCAGGUUAGAUGGGGAGCGUUGCUGCACAGCUAUUUUCAGGUCUCUCCAGAGAUGUUCGAUCGGGUCCAAGUCCAGGCUCUGGCUGGGACCACUCAAGGACAUUCUGAGACUUGUCCUGAAGCCACUCCUGCGUUGUCUUGGCUGUGUGCUUAGGGUCGUUGUCCUGUUGUAAGGUGAACCUUUGCGCCAGUCUGAGGUCCUGAGUGCUCUGGAGCAGGUUUUCAUCAAGAUUCUCUCUGUACUUUGCUCCAUUCAUCUUUCCCUCGAUCCUGACAGUCCCUGCCGCUGAAAAACAUCCCCACAGCAUGAUGCUGCCACCACCAUGCUUCACCGUAGGGAUGGUGCCAGGUUUCCUCCAGACGUGACGCUUGGCAUUCAGGCCAAAGAGUUCAAUCUUGAUUUCAUCAGACCAGAGAAUCUUGUUUCUCAUGGUCUGAGAGUCUUUAGGUGCCUUUUGGCAAACUGUCAUGUCCCUUUUUACUGAGGAGUAGCUUCCGUCUACCAUAAAGGCCUGAUUGGUGGGGUGCUGCAGAGUUGGUUGUCCUUCUGGAAAGUUCUCCCAUCUCCACAGAAGAACUCUAGAGCUCUGUCAGAGUGACCAUCGGGUUCUUGGUCACCUCCCUGACCAAGGCCCUUCUCCCCCGAUUUGUUCAGUUUGGCUGGGCGGCCAGCUCUACGAAGUGUCUUGGUGGUUCCAAACUUCUUCCAUUUAAGAAUGAUUGAGGCCACUGUGUUCUUGGGGACCUUCAAUGCUGCAGAAAUGUUUUGGUACCCUUCCCCAGAUCUGUGCCUCGACACAAUCCUGUCUCGGAGCUCAACGGACAAUUCCUUCGACCUCAUGGCUUGGUUUUUGAUAUGACAUGCACUGUCAACUCUGGGAUCUUUUUAUAGACAGUUGUGUGCCUUUCUAAAUCAUGUCCAAUCAAUUGAAUUUACCACAGGUGUACUCCAAUUAAGUUGUAGAUACAUCUCAAGGAUGAUCAAUGGAAACAGGAUACACCUGAGCUCAAUUUUUAGUCUCAUAGCAAAGGGUCUGAAUACUUAUGUAAAUAAGGUAUUUCUGUUUUAUAUCUUUAAUACAUUUGGAAAAAAAAUGUAAACCAGUUUUCGCUUUGUCAUUAUGGGGUAUUGUGUGUAGAUUGCUGAGGAUAUAUAUAUAUAUAUUUUUAAUCCAUUUUAGAAUAAGGCUGUAAUGUAACAAAGUGGAAAAAGUCAAGGUGUUUGACUACUUUCCGAAGGCACUGUAUUCUAACUAUAGAAUUAGAAUAAUCCGUUUAUUUCCAUGAUUCCAAAUGUUCACCCAAGUGUUUUGCUCUGAAUCGCAAGUCAAAUCGCAUUUGCAAAAUUUGGUUAAAAAUAAGGCCUAGUAUCAAGGCUCAGGAUAAGACCCAGAUGCAGACAGUUUGAAAUAGCAAAAUGUUUAUUUACAAAAACGGGGCAGGCAAAUGACAGGUCAAGGGCAGGCAGAGGUCAGUAAUCCAGAGCAGAGUCUUAAAGGUACAGAAACGGCAAACAGGCUCAGGGUCAGGGCAGGCAGAAUGGUCAAAUCCGGGAUAAACAGGGACUAGAGCAAAUAAAACGCAGGUAAGCUUGAUGAGACAAGACGAACUGGCAACAGACAAACAGAAAACACUGGUAUACAGUGCCUUGCAAAAGUAUUCAUCCCCCUUGGCAUUUUUCCUAUUUUGUUGCAUUACAACCUGUAAUUUAAAUGGAUUUUUGUUUGGAUUUCGUGUAAUGGACAUACACAAAAUUGUCCAAAUUGGUGAAGUGAAAUGAAAAAAAUUACUUGUUGAAAAUAAUUCUAAACAAUAAAUAACGGAAAAGUAGUGCAUGCAUAUACACCCCCUUUGCUAUGAAGCCCUAAAUAAGAUCUGGUGCAACCAAUUACCUUCAGAAGUCACAUAAUUAGUUAAAUAAAGUCCACCUGUGUGCAAUGUAAGUGUCACAUGAUCUGUCACAUGAUCUCAGUGUGUAUAUAUACACCUGUUCUGAAAGGCCCCAGUCUGCAACACCACUAAGCAAGGGGCACCACCAAGCAAGUGGCACCAUGAAGACCAAGGAGCUCUCCAAACAGGUCAGGGACAAAGUUGUGGAGAAGUACAGAUCAGGUUUGGGUUAUAAAAAAAUAUCAGAAACUUUGAACAUCCCACGGAGCACCAUUUUAAAUCCAUUAUUAAAAAAUGGAAAGAAUAUGGCACCACAACAAACCUGCCAAGAGAGGGCCGCCCACCAAAACUCAAGGACCAGGCAAGGAGGGCAUUAAUCAGAGAGGCAACAGAGAAACCAAAGAUAACCCUGAAGGAGAUGCAAAGCUCCACAGUAUCUGUCCAUAGGACCACUUUAAGCCGUACACUCCACAGAGCUUGGGCUUUACGGAAGAGUGGCCAGAAAAAAGCAAUUUGCCAAAAAAAAAAAAUUGGCAAACACGUUUGGUAUUCGCCAAAAGGCAUGUGGGAGACUCCCCAUAUGGAAUAAGGUACUCUGGUCAGAUGAGACUAAAAUUGAGCUUUUUGGCCAUCAAGGAAAACGCUAUGUCUGGCGCAAUCUCAACACCUCUCAUCACCCCGAGAACACCAUCCCCACAGUGAAGCAUGGUGAUGGCAGCAUCAUGCUGUGGGGAUGUUUUUCAUCGGCAGGGACUGGGAAACUGGUCAGAAUUGAAGGAAUGAUGGAUGGCGCUAAAUACAGGGAAAUUCUUGAGGGAAACCUGUUUCAGUCUUCCAGAGAUUUGAGACUGGAACGGAGGUUCACCUUCCAGCAGGACAAUGACCCUGAGCAUACUGCUAAAGCAACACACAAGUGGUUUAAGGGGAAACAGUUAAAUGUCUUGGAAUGGCCUAGUCAAAGCCCAGACCUCAAUCCAAUUGAGAAUCUGUGAUAUGACUUAAAGAUUGCGGUACACCAGCGGAACCCAACAUCCAACUUGAAGGAGCUGGAGCAGUUUUGCCUUGAAGAAUGAUCAAAUAUCCCAGUGGCUAGAUGUGCCAAGCUUAUAGAGACAUACCCCAAGAGACUUGCAGCUGUAAUUGCUGCAAAAGGUGGCUCUACAAAGUAUUGACUUUGGGGGGGUGAAUAGUUAUGCACGCUCAAGUUUUCUUGUUUGUUUCACAAAAAUGUUUUGCAUCUUCAAAGUGGUAGGCAUGUUGUGUAAAUCAAGUGAUACAAACCCCCCAAAAAUCAAUUUUAAUUCCAGGUUGUAAGGCAACAAAAUAGGAAAAAUGCCAAGAGGGGUGAAUACUUUCGCAAGCCACUGUAAAUACACAAGGGAUAACGGGGACAAAUGGGAGACACCUGGUGGGGGGUGGAGGCAGUAUAUAACAAUCAGAAUGGAGAAAGACACAUUGAAAUCACUUAGAAUGUAUGUGUUGCCACCCUAGGGUCACACACUACUCAUGAAGCAAAUUUAGAACUUUUAUUAUUCAAAAACCUAAAAUACAGUCAAAUUUUGUCAUACCAUAAUUAUUUGUUUAAAUACCGUGAUGAUAUUUUGGCUAUAUCACCCAGCCCUAUCUCCGCCCCACCUCUUCCCUCCCUCCUCUCCCCCUGCCCUCACCCUUCUGGCCUUGCUCUUAUCUGUCCUGGGCCCUGUGUGAUCCGGUGGCCGUAUCUGAUUCCCUCUGACUCGUGCUUGCACUCUGCAGUCUGGAGGCUUCCCACUAUUCUGGGAAGGUGCUGAUGGAAAGUCCAAACAAAUCCGGCGCAGCUGAAAGCUUAAUUUGGCAACGGGGAAGCCCAGUGCUGAUCCUCUCUGUCUGUGUUUAUGGCACAAGAGAGAUCGCACCAAUGGGACUCUAGUCCUCUAAAACUCCUGAGGGUAUGUACGUUUGAAUAGAGCUAGUUGUUCCACACAAGGUGUGUGCUGCAUUGCUGCUCAAAAACCUUUCAUGAAGAAACAUGUUCCCCCUGCACCGAUGCUGAGGCAAAUCUGGUUUUGAUUGGAUGUUGCUUUGACUUCUAAAUGUAAAUCUGAUUUAUCUCUCUUUUGUUUUUCAGCCCUGCAAGGCCUUUUCGGUUCCCCAAAAGGUAAGAUCUGCCAAAUAUAAUUAUUUUUUGUGUGACAAAAGCUCUCCUUGAGUCCAUUAAUACCCUGCCGAGCUGUCAUUCCUGUGUAGUGAAUCAUCACAGUUAUCGAUGUAAAAAGGGCUCACUGUGCCUGGAACCUGCUAACCACCUCCCAUACUCCUCUACAAGACAUGCCUUCCCCUGAGUUUCCCUCGAGUCAGAACACAGAAUAUACUUAAAUAUCUACAUGACGAUUUGACAAAUUCAAUAAUGGCAUUUUAAUGAGCACCUUCUACUCUUUUUGAUAUUCUACUAGUGUAUCCAUGUACCCUUCUCUUUUCUGUUUGGUUAUCAGUACAUAUAAUAUUCAUAUAGUUAUAAAGCCAUCAGAUUUGUGUUUAAUCAAUACCUGACCUUAAUCUUUAGCUAUGCAGAGCUGAUUGCUGAUUGGCCAGUGGUGGUGCUGGGGGUGUGUACAGUCCUCAUCGUGGUGUGUGCCCUGGUGGGUGUUCUGGUGCCAGACCUGCCAGACUUCUCAGACCCCUUACUGGUGAGUAGGCCAUGCCAAUCGAAGGAAGGCACAAAACUUUCUCCAUAGAAAAUACUGGACUUUAUUUUGAUCAAGAUUGAAAACCUAGUGUUUCUGGCACACCAAAAUCAUUAUAUUGAGUGCAUGUGAAGAGUCCAAGAUGUUUAAGGUGUAUUUCCUGGUGAACUAAAAAGAUGUCCUCUGUUUGUCUGUUCCUUCAGGGAUUUGAGCCACGAGGCACGGCCAUAGGCCAGCGAUUAGUCACAUGGAAUAACAUGGUGAAAAACACAGGGUACAAAGCAACCCUGGCUAACUACCCAUUCAAGUACGCCGACGAGCAGGCGAAAAGGUAACAAAGCCGAACUCACAGUUCCUGUCCAUUUUAUUUCAUCCUUCUAACCCUUUAGUGACACAUGUAUUGAUUCAAAAUCCCUGAUGAAGGGGGCUGAUCAGGAUCAGGUCUCAGGCCAUGAGAUGGAGUGAUGGUUGCUGCUGACUGACAGAAACAGACAGAAGCAGACACACAAAAUCUCAAUCCCAUCCUGCAAGUGGAUCAUUCCAUGACUUAUCCUGAUCACUGGGGGGGGCUCCAGGGCCUGUCAACAGGACUCUGCAUCAUUCUGCCUCGGUCCCUCAGAGGAUGUGUCCCUGAAACCCCUGCUCAUCACUAUGAUCCGGCUAUAAUAAUGAUUAUUAAAAUAAUGAUUGCAAUGUGAUAGUGAUCACUCCACUGAUUUAUUAUAUAAUCACAGGCUUUGUAAUCGCUUAAAUGGGUCGGUCUAAAACCGUUUCCUUCAUUUGUUUUAAGAAUGACCCUUCAGUACUAUCUUUGGUUAGCAUGUGCAAAUCUAAGAAAUCACUGCUGUGUGGAUGCUUUAAGUGGAUUCAGUCUCAUUCUGUCAGGUGGAUAUUCAGAAUUGAUAGGAAACUUAAUUCUAAUGUAUGAAGUGUUAACAGUUAACAGUGCAAUCACACCAUUACUUUUUUAUUUCAGUCACCAAGAGGACAGGUGGGCUGAAGAUCACUUUGACAGAGAUAAAAGACAAGCAGAAUGGGACUUCAGCAAAGACAGUUUCUUCUGUGAUGUUCCAGGUACAAACUCAACGUAACACUUCUCCUGUUUCAAGUGUUUAUCUACUAAGUGUUUGACUGUGAUUAAAUGCUAACCAGAAGCUCUUAAUGUAUGUGCAGGUGACAGAUACUCCAGAUUAGUAUUCACAUCUGCAGAGGGGAAGAACCUUUGGAAUAUACAAGCAAUUAAAUCCAUGUGCAAUUUGGACAAUACACGGGUAAGUGGAACAGCACUGUUGAUGAUGUGCCAUAGCAUUUACUCAUGUCAAAUUUUGCCAUGUUAAUGAUUUUUAAAUGCCUGAAAUAAGCCCCCCAUCAUAUUAGAAAUUGUAUGUGUGGAGUCUAUGCUGCCUCAGGCUGGAACUACCCCAACUUCCUGAUAUAUUGGCCUUGUCUCCUGUUAUGGUCUCCUUGGGUCAAUAGUUCUGCUCUGUUCUAGUUGUACUCUGUUCUUCUAUCCUGUUGUAUUGUGUUGUCCCCAGGUGCGCUCCCACCCUCAGUAUUGGAGCCUGUGCCAGCGCACCACUGACGCCUCCUGCUGUCCCAGCUGGACCCUGGGAAACUACGUGGCUAUCCUCACCAACAAGUCCUCCUGCCAGAAGAUCACAGAGCGCGACGUGUCACACACCCUCAAGAUCCUGCGCUCCUGCGCCAAGUACUACCACAACGGAACGCUGGGCCCCGACUGCUGGGACAUGACCACACGUAGGAAGGACCAGUCCAAGUGCACCAACGUCCCACGCAAGUGCACCAAGUACAACGCCGUUUACCAGAUCUUCCACUUCCUGGUGGACAAAGACUUCAUGAGCCCAAAGAACACCGACUACCCUAUCCCCGUCCUGAAACACGGCAUGCUGUUCUCCCCCACAGAGAAAGGGGAGACCAUGAUGAACAUUUAUCUGGACAACUUUGAGAACUGGAACUGCUCGGACGGCGUCACCACCAUCACAGGGAUUGAGUUCGGUAUCAAACACAACCUGUUCCAGGACUACCUACUGACGGAUACCGUGUAUCCGGCCAUAGCCAUAGUGAUUGUGCUGGUUGUCAUGUGUGUGUACACACGCUCUGUGUUCAUCACCCUGAUGACCAUGAUCGCCAUCAUCAGCUCCCUGAUCGUGUCCUACUUCCUGUACCGUAUGGUGUUCGACUUUGAAUUCUUCCCCUUCAUGAACCUCACAGCCCUCAUCAUCCUGGUGGGCAUCGGGGCAGACGAUGCCUUCGUCCUCUGUGACGUGUGGAACUACACCAAGUUCGACAAGCCCAAUGCUGAGCUGUCGGAGACGGUUAGCAUCACUCUGCAACACGCGGCCCUCUCCAUGUUCGUCACCAGCUUUACCACGGCCGCCGCCUUCUACGCCAACUACGUUAGCAACAUCACCGCAAUCCGCUGUUUUGGCGUCUACGCCGGCACGGCCAUCUUGGUUAACUACAUACUGAUGGUAACCUGGCUGCCAGCCGUGGUGGUGCUCCAUGAGCGUUACCUGCCCAACAUCUUCACCUGCUCUAAACCUCCCCCACAGCAGAGUGGGUUCUGCACCCGCACCCUCUGGGCCAACCUGUGCCAGAAGGCCAGCAAGUGCCUGUUCACCGUCUCCGAGGCCUCCCGGAUCUUCUUUGAGAAGGUGCUGCCCUGUAUCGUGAUCAAGUUGCGCUACCUCUGGCUCUUCUGGUUCCUGGCCUUCACUGUGGGAGGGGCAUACGUGGUGUGUGUCAACCCCAAGAUGAAGCUGCCCUCCCUGGAGCUCUCGGAGUUCAAGGUGUUCCGCUCCUCCCACCCCUUUGAGCGUUAUGACGCUGAGUACAAGAAACUGUUCAUGUUUGAGAGGGUCCACCAUGGGGAGGACCUGCACAUGCCCAUCACCAUCAUCUGGGGGGUCACCCCCGUGGACAACGGAGACCCCCUCAACCCUAAGAACAAAGGCAAGCUUAUGCUGGACAACACCUUCAACAUCGCCAGCCCAGCCUCCCAGCUGUGGAUCCUCAACUUCUGCCAGAGGCUAAGGAACCAGAGCUUUGUGUUCCAGUCGGAGGAGCAGGACUUCACCAGCUGCUUCAUUGAGACCUUUAAGCAGUGGAUGGAGAACCGGGACUGUGAAGAGUCCUCGGUCUACCCUUGCUGCAGCCAGUCAACAUUCCCCUACAAGCAGGACAUCUUUGAGUUGUGUAUCAAGAGGGCCAUCAUGGAGCUGGACCGCAGCACCAGCUUCCACCUGGACAGUAAAACCCCCGGGCCUCGCUUCGACAUCAACGACACCAUCCGGGCCAUUGUCCUGGAGUUCCAGAGCACCUACCUGUUCACACUGGCCUACGAGAAGAUGCACCAGUUCUACCACGAGGUGGACACCUGGAUCCAGGAGGAGCUGAAGAACGCCCCGGCCGGGCUGAAUUACGGCUGGUUUGUCAGCAACCUGGAGUUCUACGACCUGCAGGGCAGCCUAUCGGACGGCACUCUCAUCGCCAUGGCGUUGUCCGUGGUGGUGGCCUUUGUGGUCAUGCUCCUCACCACCUGGAACAUCAUCAUCAGCCUCUACGCCAUCCUCUCCAUCGCUGGCACCAUCUUCGUCACGGUGGGCUCGCUGGUUCUGCUGGGCUGGGAGCUCAACGUGCUGGAGUCAGUCACCAUCUCAGUGGCGGUGGGUCUGUCGGUGGACUUCGCAGUGCACUAUGGAGUCGCUUAUCGCCUCGCCCCUGACCCUGACCGUGAGGGGAAAGUCGUCUUCUCCCUCGGCCGGAUGGGUUCUGCUAUUGCCAUGGCGGCACUCACCACGUUUGUCGCCGGGGCGAUGAUGAUGCCAUCCACGGUGCUGGCAUACACCCAGCUGGGCACCUUCAUGAUGCUCAUCAUGUGCAUAAGUUGGGCCUUCGCCACCUUCUUCUUCCAGUGCAUGUGCCGUUGCCUGGGCCCCCAGGGCACCUGCGGACAGAUCCCCCUGCCCAAGAGGUUUCAGUGCCAGGCUUUCAAAGAGGGCACCACCAACAUCCCCUCGCCCCAGGGCAAGCAUGGCACCAAGUACCAACUGGACAGUCGAGGAGGGGAGGUGGAGCAUGAGCAUUACGAGCUGGAAUCAUUAACUUCAAACCCUAGGAAUGAGGAGAAACCUGCAGAGGAACAGGAGGUGUGCACCCAGCUUUAUAAUGGAAUAGCCCCCCACCCUGCCCUCUGCACACACAUCCCCUUUAAGAGCAAGGCAGAGCCCGGCAGAGGGCCCUGCUCUGAAAAUGGACUGGGCAUACUGGCCACCAACCCCACAUCCAAAUGCCAGUACUCUCAUAACACAACCUGCACAUGUGGGGAACCCCCUCCUCCUCAGCAGUCUAUGGGUAUGCAGUGGACCCCCCACCCAUGCACUCAAACAACCCAGGACUCCCCAUGCCCCACUCCUCAGUUCCCCCUCACAGGCAGCCAUGCCAACAAAGGCCAGAACCUCCUGUCUGCUCUGGAUGCAGUCUACAAACCCAUAGAUUGCCGUAUGCACUAUGUACACUGUCCCCCAGCUCACUUCCACAACUGCACCCCGGGCAGGGUGCCCAGACAGGGCCCUCACAGCUGCCACCUCAGAAACUACUGUGUUCACACUGUCCCCCUCCUGGGUGGCCUCCCCAGGGACCAGAGCUCUGCCCCAGACCCAGCUGGGCUGGAGGAGUCACACCGGACUGGAGGGUCAUCUGGCCCUAGUGGCUGUCCUAACACCCCAGCCCAGACUUGGACUCAAGGUCCUCCUGCCUCCCCUCUGGGAUGCACGUUAGCCCACACACACACAGGCUGCUGCAGAGCCAAUCAUGGAACACAGAGGGCGGGAGAGAGAACGGUAAACGCUCCAAGCGAUCAGAGCGUGGAUAAUUAUGUGUCCACCACAACGCAAAAGGGCACUUGUCAUAAGAUGCCCAGCAACCAGGAGAAGCUUGAAACUAGUACUACUCCCAUCACACGGGAAGAAAGUGUUGAAAAGUGCAAACAGAACCCCAAAAAGGAGAGGGCUUCCUCAGCCUCUCCUAAGAAACUCUGUUUUAACAGAACUUUGAAAGUAAAGUGCAAUUCUGUCGAGUUUAAUGUGCCAAAAGCUGAAGCCAGUGUGCCUGCUCUUGCAAUAAAUUCAAAACCCUCAUCUGAAAGUUUAUGUUGACAGCAAAGAGACUUAUAAGAGAAUUCUGAGAUACUAUAUCUAAAGAGUAAACUUGUGUCAUAUCAAGCUAUAAUGUGCAGUGUCCCUGUGCAGUUAAAGUGCUUGGAAUAUUUCGUAGUCCCCUGUAGCUCAGUUGGUAGAGCAUGGCGUUUGCAACGCCAGGGUUGUGGGUUCGUUUCCCACAGGGGGCCAGUAUGAAAAAUGUAUGCACUCACUAACUGUAAGUCACUCUGGAUAAGAGUGUCUGCUAAAUGACUAAAAUGUCAAAAUAGACCAAGUGCCUCAUGUCUUUCAUCUAAAAGUAUGGUCCUAUCUGUUCUGUGAUUACUGUAUCUACUGUGCAGAUAAUACUGGUUUGAUCAGUCAGAUGUACUGUUUUUGAGUACACAGUAAAUAUGUG